CUGUAAUCACGAACACUUUUGCAUAGCUGUGGCCAGGAUGAGAGGAACGUGUCAAACAAGCGGCUCCAAAAGUUUGUAUGUCUCCCUGCUUUUCCUCAUCUUUGUCCUUCUUGAAUCUGUAUCUGGACGGAACCUGACAUUUGCAACUUUAAUUUAUCGACAUGGUGACAGAAGCCCUAUUGAGACUUAUCCCAAUGCUCUACACAAAGAAAGCGAAUGGCCACAAGGUUUUGGACAACUGACAACGCUUGGAAUGCAGCAACAGCACGAACUUGGACAGUACAUAAAGAAGAGAUACUCAAAUUUUCUAAGUCCUACUUACAAGCGAGAAGAGAUUUAUGUCCAGAGUACAGAUGUUGAUCGAACCAUUAUGAGCGCCCAAGUUAACCUUGCUGGUUUAUUCCCUCCUUCUACUAGUGAGAUGUGGAAUCCACAAAUCCUUUGGCAACCUAUCCCAAUCUAUGUGAUACCAAAGUCAUUCAGACCCAAAUUACGCUAUCCAAUUUUUGACUGCCCACGCUAUAAGAAGCUUCUGAGGGAAACGAUGGCCUCACGGGAAUUCCGGGACAAAAUUCAACCAUACAGGAAUUUUUUAAAAACCAUAGCUGACCAUUCAGGAUAUGAUAUGAGGAGUCUCAGAAAUCUAUACACUUUCAAAGUCUGGAAUGUGCAAGAUACUUUACUUUGUGAGUCCAUACACAAUUAUACACUGCCUACUUGGGCUACUGAGGAUGUAAAAGCCAAACUUGAACAGCUGACUGUCUUGUCCUUGUCAUCCCUCUUUGGCAUUUACAAGAGAGAAGAGAAGGCGCGGUUGCAAGGAGGUCUCCUUGUGAAAAAUAUUCUAGAAAAUAUCUCAAAUGCAGCUAAAUAUCCAGGCAAAAGAAAAAUGCUGAUCUAUUCUGCUCAUGACACCACCCUUGGAGCUCUCCAGAUGGCGCUCAAUACUUACAAUGAAAAACUUCCACCAUAUGCAGCUUGCCAGAUUUUUGAACUGUAUCAAGAAGAUACAGGAGAGUACACCAUUGAGAUGUAUUUUCGGAAUGACACUUCGAGAGACCCCUACCCUAUCACCCUGCCAGGCUGCUCGUUUGCUUGUCCGCUACAGAAGUUUUCUGAUCUGGUUGCUCCUAUCUUGGUAGACAAUUGGGAAAACGAAUGCAGAAGCUAAGAAACAAGGAAAGGUAAUAGAAUAUCUUUUGCCAGAUGGGGCAAUAAAAGUGGGA